AUGUCUAACGUCGAUAUUAAGCCGGCCGGAUGGAAGUUGGUCGAGGUUGGAAGAGUGGUGACCCUCCGCUCAGGACCUUUCGAUGGCAAGCUGGCUGCUGUGGUCGAGAUCAUUGACCCCGGUCGAAUCUUGAUCGACGGUCCCUCGACAAAAGAAGGCUCAGUUGUUCCCCGUCAACCUGUCCAAACAAGCGCGGUUUCCCUCACACCCUGGGUCAUCCCCAACCUACCAAAGGCCGCUGGUACCGGUCCCUUGAAGAAGCUGUGGGAGAAGUAUGAGGUCGACAACAAGUGGGCAGAGUCAUCCUGGGCCAAGAAGAGAGAACAGCAGGACAGGAGGAGAAACCUCACAGACUUUGAGCGGUUCAAGGUGAUGAGGUUGAAGAAGCAGGCACGAUUCGAGACCUUGAAGGCACAGGCGAAGAUUCGGGCGGCGGCCAAGGCAUAA